UACUUCUUCCCUAACUCACUUGUUCUCUAAAUCAUUGAGAUAUAGGACCGUUAUACCAAGCACUCGAUUCAUAUCAUUCUUCAAUCAACCCUGGUAUUGACCUCUCGAUGUAUCAAGGUUAAUAUUAUGUUCCAUUGUGUGUGUUGCCUCGAAACCCAGAGCGAGUCGGAAGGAAAUUGCCUCACGUUCAACAUAUGUAUAUAGGAUAAGGAAUUAUAAUGGUAUAAAGCAUAGAGUUUAUAAGGUUGGACGAGAUGAGCAUAUCUUCUUAACAAAAUAUUUGACGUGUUGAACCUGAGCUAUUCCUGUUAGCAGGCAUUGCAUUCAUCUAUCUCACCCACUCCGCGAGCUCUUGAGUGGGAAGCCUAGGGUCUGAAGUUCAAGUAGUUGUUUAUCAUCGCAAACCUGGAGUCAACGAUCGACCAUCUACGAUGAUAGCACGCCGCAGUCAAUGCUUGGAUCCGCCAUAAUGUCAUCUUCCUCUCUACCAAGUUUCUAGUAUGGAGCAACGAUGAGGCCAAUGUCCCGGUGUGCGUACGUGACUGAAAUACCGUGUCUACUAGCUAGAAUCAAUUUUGAUGUCAGCAUCAGCUUGAGAACACGAUAAGUGUGAACCGUAUUGUCUGCUCCACUGCCAUCUCGCCUCAGGUCUUUGUGCAUGCAUAAACCAUAUAACGGAUCCUCCCUCGAGUAAUACCAUUAUCGUAUGGACGGUUCGGUGAUGAGAUACGAGGUCUUGUUAGAGCAUCUCUUCUUGCGAACGAAUUAUGGAAAUUGGGAAUAGCUUCGCGUAUCAGGAUGACAACGCCUUUUUCCUUCGUUAAGUUUCCAUUGCCUGGUCCUCAUGUGGCAGAUAUGGAAAAGAAUUUGGACAUUUUUGAUAGAUAUUAAUUAACAUCGUUGCUGCGUCAAGGGAUGCUACAUCGUGACGUCAUCAUAAUCACGAACUCCCCAUUUCCAUUAGCCCCGUUAGCCACGUAAAACCUUUUUUUUCUGAUGAGGAUAAGUUUUAGAGAUCAAUUUUAAAGAUUACUGAGCACCAAUCUUUCAAUUAAAGUAAGUUAUAUCCUCCGCAGCCACUGUCUAACGCAUCAAUACACUAUAAUCAUUAACAUAAUUGAUUAGGUUAACGAUUGUCUAUGUGCUCUCCAGUCUUUUGUUUUGGUCAUGGUGGCUCAUCGUGGACAUGUACAAUUAUUCAGAUGCGGAAAGGUUUAACUAACUUGAUAUUUCGAUUAGACAAACACGGUUAGCUAUAAUGGAUCAGUACACAGUAAAGUGAACUUUGGAUUUGUUAUCUUCCACCGAUCUUCCAGCUGAUUUCGUUCAAACACACCACGCCAUUGAUGACAACAGACUGGACCUGGAAUAAUAUACAGUAUAUAAAUAUCAAGUAUGUCAUGGGCGUUUGCGUGCUACAGGAGGCGUUAAACUCUCAAGAACUAUGAUCUUAAUUAUGCUAAUAAAUCCCAUCUUUUGAGAUGUGCUCAAUAUAGAGACUUUCGUGUUCAGUGUGUUUAGGAACAACGGAUAAACCGUAUGAUAAACUGUCUUUCAAUCGACUUGGAGAUGAUAAAUGAUGACAUAGAGAGCUAUAAAUUGAGCACGCUAUGGAGUCGGAAUUAGAGAAAGGAGGGCCGUCCGAGUUCGAUCAGAAGAUCAUCGAGGGUUUCUUCAGGGAGCACUGCCACAGUAGUCAUUCUCGAUUGGGACGAUUGGACGUCGAUUGUUGGUCAGUCACUCGACGACUUGUUGCGUUCCUCUCCGAGAUCGAUGACCGCGAAGCGUCAGAGUCUCCACGUCGUGUUCGUUGGGUCAUCCAAAAGCCUUUAUCGGUGUUACGAGAGCCAAAACGAUACCACCCCAUAAAACGACGCAUUGCUCAAAUCUUUCGCAAACGAUUACUCGCAGAGGACCAUCACGUUUCUAGAAAGGACAAAUCCCGCCAAAUGCGACAACGCAUUACGAACGCAACAACAACGGUCUUCGACAGCUCGACAAUAAGUCAUUGGGUCGUCGAAUGGAAGGGAUACAUUGUUGAUGCAACGGUCAUGCAGUUUAUUGAACUUGACCAUGUUCUAGACAUCGAUGGGCUGAACGAAUUGAGGAAAAGAUGCUAUAAUGAUGAUCAAUCAAUGACGUUUAAAAGUUGUUCAGACAUUCAUCCUCCCUGGGUGUAUAAUCUUGUAUCGAGGGGAGGAUCGUAUAACGAUUAUGCGUUGGGCGUGGCCACCAAACCAUACUUUUUCGGCAGUGAGAACGAACACCCAGUCAGGUGUCACGCUGAGGUGGUCAAUCAGCAUCUCUCCUCAUGAUGAUCAACCCCCAUAAGGUUAAGAAGUACAGCAAAUGUUUUCAGACGUGGCGAUAUUAAUGAAACGGGUAUUAAAACAAUCUUUCUUGAUAUUUUUCUUUCUUUCUUAUCAUGGCAGUCAGGUAUAUUUUGAGCUACUUAUGAAUCAAAAUAAUUCACAAUAACACUUCCGUUCUUCUGGACUUUCAUAAUUUUCUACAUUGAUUUUGGUCUUCCGGAUUCAGUUUCUAGCAUUUGUACUGAAAAUACAUUACUGCACAUGCUCUAAUUUGAAAUUGAAAUUUCAUGCCUGACAUAUACAUGUAUAGAUUUGGUAGGCGAGUGAGCGAGUUCAUCGAACUGAUUUAAAAAACAAAACAUGAAAUAUGUGUAUUUUACAUUUUUGUCUUGUUUCAGUUGAAUUCAAAUAUAAUGACGUGUUAGGAGGGCGGAGGGUGAUAGGGCCUUGUUCUCAUUGUACUACCUUGAUUAAAGGCCU